AUGGAAUUCCGCGAAAAGGAGACAACGCAGGCGAACGAAAGGAGACAAUGCUGGGAGUGUUCCCGCCGCCGACUGGUAUGCGACUCAUCACGUCCGGCCUGCAACAAGUGCCAGACUGCUGGGAUCACUUGCCCUGGGUAUAGCCAGAAGAAACCCCUAAAGUGGCUUCCCCCAGGGAAGGUGACGUCUAGAACUAGGCGACGUCGAGGUCGCCCUACCGACAAAGGCGACAGCAAUACUAGUAGUUGCGCCCCCACCACAGUCAAUCCUAGUCUUGGGACUAGCGAGGUGGAAGAAAGUAGUAUCAAGAGCUUGACGUGCCAUACCGAAAAUGGUAUGAAAGACGUUGCUGCAGCUCUCUCGCACGUCACAUUUGGAACCGAGGCCUGUGCUUUCACUCAAGCCAUACUCUACUACAAUUCUUGUAUCUAUCCACACUUUGAAUCUAUGCACCAGCUGGCGCCAAAUCCAUACCUCCUUCGCUUUUCUCUCUCUACAGCGCGCUAUAUUCCCACUGGUAUGAAAUACACUCUGGUAUCCAUGGCCUUAAACCAUCGCAUCUACCAUCUACUCUCAAGAACGAGUCGCUCAACCUUAGCGGAGGCGCUAUCUAAUCUGUAUCAUUAUCGCGGCUUGGCUAUCAGGGCAUUGGGUGAAGAUGUUGGCAAAGAGAAAACCCGAAGCAGCGAUGCGACGAUUACUAGUGUUCUGCUAUUCAUGGUCACGGAUGUCCGAGACUCUCUUUCGCUAAACUGGCGGCAACAUUUUAUUGGUGCUGAGAAGCUAAUUUCGCUCCGCGGCGGUUUAGAGAACCUUGCCCGCGUGUCCCCACAUAUGAAGCCCAUGUUGCUUUAUUACAUGAUACUUGGCGUCAUUGGAAACACAACCACACCCCCGUCCGACCAAGUCGCGACAACGUCUCAGCUUGACCUAGCCAAUCUGGCAUCUGAGAUGUAUGGGGAGGGCUAUCUUUUUCCAAACCUUCUCUGUCCCCCCUCCCUGUUUCUGGAUAUCCUCAGCAUCAAUCACCUUCGAUAUCAAUGGAAGAUCGCGUCUCUUGUAAAUCAAUUUUCUCAAACUGCAGCCGAGGCGGUGUUGCAACACGUUGACGCUUUCUCGCCUGAGGAAUGGGCCUGUUCAAAUACCUCGUCUCAGGAAGAUUGGCUCCUUAUCGGGCGUAUAUACCAAUCAGCAGUCGCCCUGUAUUGCAUCUCAUCGUUGCAAAGCGUUUCUGUCCUCCCCUUCACUUCGCAGCUCAAAGCCAGGAGAACUGCCCACGGUAAUCGCCUCUUCCAACUUCUCAAGGAGGCCCUACUCUCACCAAAAGUGAAUAAGUGCAUGAUGUGGCCGUUAAUCGUGGCCGGCGCGGAAGCGGUAAAUCGAGGCCCAGCGGCACGUGAAUUUGUCGCUGACCAUUUGUCGGAAAUGUCUGAAGACCUCGGGACACCUCUACCACUGCAUGCGAAAAUGGUUUUCAAAAAAUUUUGGCCCUCUGGGAAAACAAAGUGGGAUGAUUGCUUCGAUACUCCGUAUGCUUUCGUACCAUGA